GUCUCGCCGCUAAUCUAGUUCGCAAACGCGAAGUUUUAAAAAACUACAAUAGUUUGCAAGUCUGCGAUUAGAAAACUACGCGAAAAUCACAAGAAAAACUUUUCAAAUUUCAAGCCAAACCGUUCAAAAACAUGCCGUACGAGUUCAUCACCGGUUACACCAACGGUUUCGACGAUGUGCACUUCGUGGACCUGCGAAGUGACACCAUCUCCAAGCCAACACAAGCAAUGCGCGAUUCCAUGUACACCGCACAGGUGGGCGACUCCGUCUACGGUGAAGAUCCCAGCGUCAACGAGUUGGAGCGCCGCUCCGCCGAGCUGGUUGGCAAAGAGGACGCCGUCUUCGUACCAUCGGGUACCAUGGCCAACCUGCUUGCCAUUAUGGUGCACUGCCAGAAGCGUGGCAGUGAAAUAAUUUGCGGAAAUCGCGGCCACACAUUCCGAUUUGAGCAAGGAGGCCCGUCAUUCAUCGCAGGAGUCUCACAAAACUGCCUGACAAACCUGGAUGAUGGCACCUUCGAUCUAAAAGAGAUGCAGGAGCGUAUUCGGUCGAUCGGCGACAUCCAUGAGCCGAUUACGUCGCUCAUCAUCAUCGAAAACACGCACAACAUGUGCGGCGGGCGGGUACUGCCCUUGGAAUGGAUCGACGAACUGGCGACGAUCGCCAAGCGUCACAACCUGCCUGUGCACAUGGACGGCGCACGAUUGAUGAACGCCGCCGUCGCCAGCAAGACGCCACCGGCACGUAUCUGCCGUGAUGUUGAUUCUGUGUGCUUUUGUUUGAGCAAGGGUCUUGCCGCCCCCGUGGGGUCAGUCCUCGCUGGCAGUCAACAAUUCUGCACGCUCGCGCGGCGUUAUCGCAAAGCACUUGGGGGUGGAAUGCGUCAGUGUGGCUUCCUGGCAGCUGCUGGGAUUGUUGCAAUUCAGAAUUUGGAACGUCUUCAGCUUGACCACGAUAAAACUAUGCGCAUUGCCAAAGCUAUUAAUAAUAUGAAUUCGGACUUGGUGCGAGUCGACCUCAAGUCAGUACAGACCAAUAUUCUGAUGGUGCACGUCGAUGAAAGACGCGUCAACGCGCAAGAGUUCCUCCAGCGUCUCGCGGACGUCAAGGAAACAGACACGUAUCGCGUGAGCAUCAAAGCAGCAAGUCGUGACGCGGGCUGCUGCCGUUUCGUCAUGUACUGGGAGAUCACCGACGAAGACGUUGAAAUGGUCAUUCGUAAACUAGAGCUGACUAUUCUUGAGUUCCACGCGCGCAGCAAGCUCGUCCAGAUCAUCGACCAGCAGUGAUUGUCUACAAUCACGUCGGUUUCUAAAGUAUUACAAGUUAUUUUUUAAUGUUAUGUACUAUUUACAAUUAACGCGAAUUUAUUAUAUAUUUUGUUGAUUCCUUUGAGAAUAAUGAUGUUGCGGACGAUGUGCUUUGAGAUGCUAUUGUAUUAUAACUUUAAAUAUAAAACAAAACAAAAA